GUUGAGGAUUUGUUGGAGAUUCAAAACUGCAAUCUCUUGGACCUUCCAGAGAACUACCAAAUGAAGUAUUACUUGUACCACGCCCUUACCUGGCCACAACUGUCUUAUAUUGCUGAGGACAGUAAUGGAAAGAUCGUUGGUUACGUAUUGGCAAAAAUGGAGGAGGAGCCUACGGACGUUCCUCACGGCCACAUCACAUCGUUAUCGGUGAUGCGUUCGUACCGACGACUCGGUUUAGCACAGAAAUUGAUGACCCAAUCAACGAAGCAGAUGGUCGAAGCCUUUGAUGCUCACUAUGUCUCCUUACACGUACGAAAAACCAACCGUGCUGCCAUUGGUCUUUACCGUGACACAUUGCAAUUCGAGGUGCAUGAUAUUGAAAAGAAGUAUUAUGCUGAUGGCGAGGACGCGUAUGCAAUGCGGUUGACCAUGAAGGAGGAUAAAAAGCCAAAAGGAGCCAGCAUUGUUGAACAAGUGAACACGACAGUGGCAGCCAACUGA